AAGAAGGGCAAAUGUCUUAAGCCUUGUAAUAGGUCGCCUACCAGCUUGAGUGGUUUAAGUAAUAUCCUCUAAAUACCAGUUAAAGCAAAGUCACCGAGUCUAUGCGUGGUCGGUGUAACUACACAGCCGCUUCGGUAAUUAUAUACAGACCUUGUUAUUGUGAAACCCCGAGCUUAGAUUUUUCUUGUAUAAGGUUGACGGCCCAAUGAUUCUCUUUGACAUCGCGUCCCCGCCUCUGCUAUGCGCGAGAAGGGGUGGGAAAGCAAACAACUCCACAUGUAUAAGUCCAACUGCCGAAAAGCUUCAUUAUAAGGGAAGACGGGGGUCUCCAUUCAGUUGAGUUAUACAAAGGAUUACUGGGACUUCGCUUUGAAUUUCUCCAUAGGAAUUGUAUUUCGAAUCAGCACCUAAGACCUAAAAACAUAUCAGAGUAAAUAUGUUUUUGGUGUCAGCGCCGGUAAUUGUGGUGGUCUGUUUUACACUGUGUGCCUGCAUCGAUGACUCUUACGAUGGUCCCAUUCAACUAAACUCAAACGCCAUCAAGAACCUCCCCGAUGGAGUUACCAGUCCAAACCAAGCUGCGAGCCCGGACCUUUUACCUUCUGACGGCGGUAGCCAGAACAUCGCAAUUGACACCUUGCAGGCACGGAAUUGUGCGAAUGACGAGGAAUGCAGUGCUGACGAAUUCUGUAACGACUCUAGACGCGCGUGCCUCAAGUGCAGGAAACCAAGGAAGCGCUGCGCUCGAGACGCAAUGUGCUGUCCAGGCAAUCAGUGCGUCACUGGGAAGUGCUUGUCAAGUUACGACAGUGGCAACCAUCACGUUGGACAUAACCGCUCACUGGAGCGUCCAGCUGAACGAACUCACCCGGGAGGGUCGCAACCGCUCAAAGCUCAAGAGAGCGAGAGCUGCUUGAGGUCCUCGGAUUGCGCAGAAGGGCUUUGCUGUGCUCGACAUUUUUGGUCCAGAAUUUGCAAACCCGUCUUGACCAGCGGGCAGGUCUGCAGCAAGCACAAGCGUAAAGGCUCGCAAGGAGUGGAGAUAUUCCAACGCUGUGACUGCGGAGAUGGUCUCACGUGCCGAGCACUCAAGGGACGUACCAGCAAGGCUACGCGUAGACUCAACACGUGUCAGCGACGCUGAGUCAUAUUGAAACACCGUUUCCCGAUGAUGACGCAGUUGAACGCGUGCUGAACAAGAAAUUUUCAUCAGUUUUUUUUUUAAUCAUUUCGUUUUUGUUCUACGAAAUGGCAGAUCAACGUUGAUUGUUUCUCUUUUAUGAAACAUGGUAUUCACGAUUAUUACAGUACAUUACUGUAGCUACUGUAAAUAGUUUACCAAAAGUGGCACUUACAUCUAGCCUGUCAAUUCGUGUGUUUUAAAAGAAGA